AGUCAUUAGUCAGUCGUUGUACGGAGCAGUUACGUUGGAAUUUUGCUCGUCAAAUUUUUUCGAAUAUUGAACAGAUUCGACUUUGAUUUGGUAAAAACAAAAAUAAUUCCACCAAAUUGACAGUUCGUUAAAAAAACGCAGCAAGUUUUUUUGUUGACUGUGAAAUUCCCGAAGGGUAUUAGUGUGUGAUUAAAAGAAUUUUUGCAAAGUUAAAACAUUUUGUAUAAAUCGUUAUCAAAAAGACGGUUAAACAGACACAAGAGGUUGAGCAACCUUAAAUGCUUGAGUAAUUAUAUUAAACACAGUGGCUAUGUGAUCGACGUUUGAUCAGUCGCGACUACAAUUGACGCAUGAAUUGAAUGAACUGUUUUUUUUGUGAAUCGAAGAUCAAAACAAGUCGGUAUAAACGGAACAGAACAAACAGACAGAGACCAUCGAAAAAAAAACUGAUAGUGUUUACUAUUGGAAAGGAACAUAUCGAAAUGUGAUAAGCAAAUACGGCUGACUCUUGAAGUGAAGUAAGCCAGUAAAAGUGUGUGUGUGUAUUUGACUGUAAACCAUUAAAAAAAAGUUAAUGUUUCGGUCGUUGUUGUUUUUUUUUUAUCAAAAAGUAAACAUUGAAAAUCCAGAAUUGAGAAAGAGGAGCCAAGGCAAAGUUUUGGAUAAAGAAGAACAGUGACGGGUGAACAGAGCGCAAGAAAUCAUAAAAAAAAUUAUACGUUGGUUGCGUUAAACAGAUACUUUUUUGGCACCGCCCUUAAUCCAUAACAAUAAAAAUCCGAAAACCGCACACAACAAAAUUCUCGCACUCAAAAACUCUGUCGCUCUCGUCGUCGACGAUAUACGCAACGAAAGGCAUAAACCCGAAAUUGAUGCAACUUCUCUGUCUUAUUUUAAAGUCACAUCGUUUCCAACGGGAGAAAGCAAAGAAAAUAAUAACAUUGCGUACACAUUAAAUAUUUACAGAGUCAUUUUUUAUGAUUCGUUGUGUGUGUGCUUGCUUGCACAGCCAAACAACUUUGUUCUAACGUGCGCUCUUUUUCUUACCACCGUUGUGCACAUACAUACACACACACACGCCAUAAAUGCGGUGUGCACGGCACAGGAUUGAGUGCUAUCAGGAGAUUAAUUAAAAGUAUGCCGUAAAAAUUGUCGGCGACGUUAAAAACCAACUGUACAGACAUACACAUACGAAAGGCACCGCUAUCGAGUCAAAAACCACGGGCCCCAAUAACAAUAACAGAGAGUGAAAGACGGAGUGGAAUGUAGUGUUACUUGCAUCUGUAACAUUGGAAUGGUGUCGAAAUUAUUCGAGCAUAUGUUCAGGAUGAUCGAUUUUCAUUGCAGACGUGCUCACAUCCAAAAUUCACCGUAAACAAGCACAUUGUCGCUUGACAAACUCUGGGCAAAUGCGGAAAAAGUUUUUAUGUGCAAACACCAACGAAUAUAUAUAUAUGUGGUGUACUUUUUUUCCGGCAGUUAAGUGAUUUUCAGACCAGGAGGGUUUCAAAUUGACUUACGUAAAUCCGGUGUACAAUCAUAUUGCGGGCUGUUUUUAUCAACAAACAACAUUCAGCAAACCAUUUGUGAUGCAAACUUGUAACGAGGUCUGAAUGUGUGUGUGUGUGUGUGUGGUGCGAACAAUUCGGAACAUUAAACAGAAAAAUAAACCAAAUGUAUAAAUAGCGCAGCCUAAAAUUGGGAAUUUCUGCUACAUUGAGCCAGAGAGACGAGUGAUAAGCAGGCGCAUUUACGUUAAGUGCUGCAUGCCAUAAAUAGUGAAAUUUUGUGUAAUCGUCGUCGCUCAAUCGCAUUUAGUUCAUCGGAUCAAAUUGACAAUUAAAACUCGUUGCGAAAGAAAAACCGUUUUUAUUUGCCGGAAAAAGAUCAGAGAAAGACAGACACAAAGAAAGUCGGAAAUACGAAAACUGACGCUUUCAAUUUUUAUCAAGAUCGUUUUUAUUUCUGUUGUGUGAAACCAGUAACAACAGCAUCAUCAAAAUGGUACUUUGCGAUACAGAUUUAGACGUUUCUGGUCUAUCGCAGAGAUGGAAUAAAUUGCGUCGACGAUGUGCAUCGUUCAAGGCAGUAUCCGGACCUACGUCGUUAGAUUCAGAUGCCAGUUACAUAUUGACAGAGCCGGUGACACAGUACGCGGUCGUUUCAAGUGAUCGUCAUCAGCGUUCAGCCUCCGUCACGCCAACCAUUGAAUCGACGACCAAACCGAUUCGGCCGUUUUCUUGGCGCAAAAGUCAUUCGGUGGAAAAGUACGAAUAUCGUGAUGUGAAUCUCAACAGUUCGAUUCCAGAGAAAAUCAACAAAAGUAUUCCAUUGCCCGAAGAUUAUUGGAAAGUCCACGAAGAAGAUGUGAAGCUAUGGAAAAUCGGUUGCGCCACACCGAAUCGUCCAAUGUCGAUGCGAGAUCUGCCAAAAGACUCGAAUUGCGAUUGGGAGUUUAAUGUGCAAAAAUAUGAAAAUCUAAACGGCGAUCAUCGUACACGGAUACAAUAUUACACGGGCGAUUCAGACACAAAUCGAAAGCACAGCUUGGAUGGUGCUGAGCGUAAGGAAAUCAAGUUCCCCGGUUUAAAGGCAUUCAAAUCGGCAUCGAUGCGAUUACCCGGCCAAAAGUCAUCGCUACAAGAAGUGCAUCAAAUGCUACGCAAUAAAUUCAAUCGAUUAAAUGUGGGUUUGCGCAAAAAACGAACACUUUCAGUGCAAGAAGUAUUCCAAUCGCCAUCUAGUCAGCAAAAAGAUUUGAUAAAAACGCCCACACAAUUUUACGUUCCUUCACCAGCGCCAUCGUCAAAAAUCUACAUCGAUGACACGCUAUCGACGCGAAGCAAUGGCAGCAAUGAGAUAACAUCACUUCCGUAUUUUGUCAACAAUGGCAAAACAUUGAAUAAUCAAACGAGCCCGGUGCGCAACACAUCGCCCGUCAAAACAUUUGCAUCGCCAAAUGGUGAUACCAAAAAGCGCACCGAAAGUUAUCGCACCAAAAUAAUUGUAACCGCUGCUGGCGAUGAUGAAAAACAGAAGAAGAAGAAAAAACCAACACCAUCGACACCAUCACCGCCUGAAAAUGGUAAGCCACAGUUUAUGGUUGGCGGUCGAGUAAGUUUGCGUGAAAAAAUGCCAAACAAACCAUCGACGGCGACAAAAAUUAGCAAUGCCGUUCGUGAACGGAUCCGUAGGCGUCCUCGAAGUCAUUCACCUGUUAAGCCAGAAUCGGCUGCUUCGAAAUCGUCGAAUGGCCGUAAGAAUCGCGAUUCGGUCGGGUUUCUUGAUCGGAUCAAUCGCAUAAUGAGUGUUAAUCAUUUGCCGCCACCACACGGUGGAUCACAAAAUAACAACAACAGCACGAACAACAACAUGAAUCGAUCGGUGAAAGCAAUCGGUUCACACGAAUCAACAGCUGCUGCCACAACGAUGGCGGCAACAACAAAAAAGAUUCAAAACGAUGAAACAAAUCCAGCGAAUGGUGCAUCCAAAAGUCCGGUGAACGAGAACAAUAAUAACAACAGCGCUGCCACAAUCCAGCCUAAACCAUCACAAACACCGGAAACAAUUUUCAUACGUGACCGGAAAAUUACCACAAAACAGAAAAUGUCAAUCGCUUCGAAUGAAAUUGACGGCAUGACUAUAAGAAUGGAUUCAUAUAUGAAAUUGACCGGUCUAUUGUGACCGUUAGCAAACAGCCAUUCCAUUUGGAGUUCAUCAAAUGGAUCAAAUUGCUCGGAAAGUUUAAUGACAUUUGCUGUUUAUGUUUAUGCGAUAGAGCAACAGAGAUCUGCACAAUGUUUAUGGCAUGCUGAAGGCUGGUUGGUGUAUUUCUUUUAUUUUUUGAAUAGAAUGCGUCAAUAAAAUACCGCCUUCAAUGCACUUUCAAUGUUAACUAUGGCAUUUUCGAACACAGAGAGAGUGAGUGAGGGAAUGUUAAAAUUGACUUAUAGAGAGUGAGAAAGAGCGACGGAGAGAAAGAUUGGAAAGAAUAACAAGUAACGGUGCUGCAUAAUGUCGUUCGCGUUUAAGUAAACAUGCCGCAUCGAAAAUCAUAAACACCAAACACCAAUUUCAACGUUUAGAUGAAUCAUAAAAAAGAAUCCACAUUGAGCUCGGCGGCGAGGGCGAUCAUUUUCAUGGUGUGCAAACAGCACGACUCAAAAUGCACACAACCAACAGCACACAUAAAACCAUCAAAAGGCAUUUCGUAUGUAAAUAAAUUCGAUGUUUUGUUUACCAUUUUUCUGUUGCUUUUAAAUAGCAAUUUAAAAUAGCAGCAAAGUGUAUAAUUGUAUCUGGUGUGUGUGUGUGCGCGCGAGUGUACUGUCGUCAAAUGACAACGCCCGCAAUGAGAAUGUACACAUUCUUUGCUAUGCUGAAGCGAUUCGUAUUUAAUAAACAAACAAUAAGUAAUUUUUGUUGUCGCUCAUCUCAUUUUUAUGACCGAAGACCAUUUCCCAUCAAACAAUUAACUGUGACAUUUUUCAGUGCGACGUCGGCGGCGACGAUGGUGUGCAUGGAUUUUGGAAGCCAAUUGCCUUUUAGUUUCUCACACCUACAGUAAACAAACUACUAAACAAACCCGUCUGUUUACUCUCAUGGGCAAAGCGUGAAUUGUCUUUCGUCAAAUGUGGCGGUGGCGAUGGCGGUAUUUCCAACCAAUUCAAAGUGCAAUAACUGAAUACAGAAAUAGCAUUUAUUAGAGAUGGGAUUUUUUUGUUACAACUUUUCAGUUAUUCCAAUAAUUUCAUUUGUAUUUCUUUCGAAAGAACCACAGCGACACGUCAACAAUAACAGAAGAGAGAAAAAACCAUAGAAACAAAUUCCGAAAUGAAAGAAGAAAAAAAGUGCAAAACAAUAAUAACAACAACAAAAAAGCGCACACCAUUCAAAAUGAUAUUUUGUAUGCAAAAUACGUGCUCCGGCUAUUAUUUUGGCUUGCAUCGUACUCUUUCGUGGUAUUUUUCUGAAAAAAAAUCAGGUGCGCCGAACGAAUAUGCCAAUGUUUGACACUCUCUCGGCGUGCUGUGUGUAUAUGCUUUCGAUAUGUAAUUUUCAUUUGCAGAGCACGCAGGUGAAAUGUUCGAAUUGGUAUGAUGAUGAUGGAAUGACGCGAGCGGUGCUUCAAUUGCCUACCGGUGUGUAUGCUCAACGUGCACAAUAACAUGUAUGUGAUCAAAUAUGAAAUGAAAUUAUUUCACUCGUUUCAUUUCUAUUCUCGCGCCGCAUUCAUGCACUACCGUGUUUGGUUUUCAUUUUUGGCUUUGUUGCUGCCUUUUUCUCUCUCUCUUCUCUUCAAUUUUUUCAAAUGAUUACGUGCACUGAAAAUAUGUGCUUAGCAUUGCCCUUUUGCGGUUAUUGCGUAUUCUUUUUUUUAUCGAUUUUAAUGCCAAACAAUUUUAUUCUUUCUAUUUUGUUAUGCUUAUUUGUGUACAUUUCUUUUUCUUUCGCCUUCAUCGUUGUUUUUGUUGCUGUUUCCAUUUUUUAUGUUCCAUUGUGUCAGGUCACCACCGCCACAGCACUUAUUUCCCAUUCCCAACGCCAUCAUACAUUCACAAAUGAGCCAAGCCGCUGAUGCAAAUUUGUUUAAAUACACAAAAGAAUGUUUGCCAUGCCAUCGUACAAUGUACGCAUUUUCUAAAUUGAUAAAUGUGUGUGGAAACAAAAAUGAGCGUCUUUCAUUUUUUUUUUGAAACAUCGUUUCGACGUUUGCGUCUUUGUUUCUGGCUGUAACGAGCGCCAAAUCAACAGCUUCAUUGGAAACGGGUUCAGCGCCAAAUCUUCUGCUCUGCUUCGCUUUGAUUUGCUUGGCUCAAUUUAGCCGCAACAAAAUUAAAAGGUGUACAUUUCUCAGCCGUUAAUUCAUGCUAAUGACUACACUAGCUAUAAGCCGAGAGACGGUUCAUACCGUAACGGCAAGUUAUCAUGUAUAUAAUUUUUUUUUCUCGGUCCAACCUGCAAUAAAAAUCAGCCGAACACGCAAUGUGUGGCAGCGGAUUAAAUGGAAAUGUGGUUUUAAUCUACUAUUUGCAGGGUGGCAAAAGCAAUCACUUUGUCCAAUGUGUGCGAUUUCACAACCAAUUGACACACGUCCCAAAUGAAUAUGAACCUAUUUCAAAUGAAGUGUGAGCAAUUUAACGGAUUUUGAUCGAAUGGUAAAAGUCAUUGAAUUAUUGCCGUGUGAUACACCAAUUCAGUAGCGGAUAUAAUCCAUCUAAAUGAGGGAAAAAAUGCUUUCGAAUCCGAAGCAUAAAAGGAAAUUGCAUGCGCAACACAUCGCACACACAUUCACGAUGAAAGUGAGAUUCAUUUCGCCUGUCGACACGAUGCAUAACAUUCCAUUGGCAUUUCACUUGAAUCCAUAUCAUUUCGUGAAAAACGAAUAAAUGAGAGACGGUGAAUAAAAAAGAGGCGAUGAGCGGGUUUGACAUCGGAAUUUUCUAACAAUUCCGGAAUUUCAGCAAUUUCACUUUGGAUUUAUGAUCAACUUAAAAAGAGUUUUACGUAAGUCCACUUCGCGCAUCGUUUUAUGGACCAAAACUCGAGCAAACGAACGGAAAACGACUUGUUGAGUUAUUGUGAUGAAGUUCUCGUUUUCUUCGUCUGUGAUUCACGAACAAGUAAAUUACAUGCGAUUCACACUAAUUUUCAAGGUAAUAAAAACCAUAAAAUAUAUGUGGAAAAAAAAACGAGUAAAAUGACGAGCGUCUGUUGGUGCACGCACGCCUUGUUACUAUACACUCAAAAUCAAAGAACAAAUUAAGUUGUAAUUGUUUCGAAAAGCAAAAGUCGUUCUCGCGCUCACAAGAACCACAAACGACCGAAUGAAUUGUGUGUGAGAAAUUCAUUUGUUUGUUUUUUUUUCUUUUACUCUGUUUCAUUUCUUUGGAAUUGGAUUUUCCAUAUGCUUUUCACUGCCGAUGAAAAGAGAUGCGUAGGCCUUAGACAUUAUACACAUCUUCACGGUAUUCGUGUCUAUUGUACGCCGCAAUGUGUAUGAACCACUAAAUCAAUUCAUAUUUCACCGGAUUAUUAAUUGAGUUGAACCAUCUCGUCUUCAAUAGGACGUGGAAUAACAAAAAAAAAACCACAAUGAAAACACUCGUCACUGUUAUGAAAGUGAUAUACACAGGGCCUGUAUUACUGGUUAUGUUAUACACCAAGUGACUUCCAUGGGUAAAUUAAACAUAUCUCUCAGCAUGUAACAUUACAACCAAAAUCCUAUUGUUAGAAGAUAUCGAACCGAUGACAUCGGAAUUUGAUAGACCCAUUUCUUCAUCUUGUUUUUAUAAUUCUUUCAUUAAAAGAAAUACUUCGAUUCAAUAAUAGGCUUUAUAAAGUCCAGUUUAAUUUCCACAACGUCAACUAUAGUUUGAUCUUCCAGUUCGAUUCAAGUUCUAUCCCAGAGAAAUGAAAACAAAUUCUUUGAAAAGAAUUGAAAUGCGAUUGAUUGAGUGGAUUUUUCGCUUUUUAAACUGAAUAUCCCAUUUAAAUUAUCAGUAAUUUGCCUAUUUUUGAGGAUAGAUUGACAGGAAUCGAUGCUUCAUCAUCAUCAUCAUUAUCAUCAUCGAAUUUAAAUUGACUUAACUUGAUUCGAUUGCGAUGAAAGAUCGAAAGUCCCUUUGCUCUCUCUCACUCUCUCUCUCUCUCUCUCUCUUUGCCCUUCGAUUCCUCUCUCUGUCUCUCUAGACAAUUGAAAAAAUUCGUAAUUUAGAUAAUGUCGAUGAGUCGUCGAAUUACGAGAAUAUAUGGAGAAAAAAAACACAUCCAAAUCCAUUUAAAAAACGACACGAAGAUAGGGUUCAAGACUACUGUAAUACGUUCGUUUGGAGCCUCGCUCACCUUAACCGAUCACACCGUGAAAAUGAACGAUAGGAAGCAGCCGACGCAACGGAACGCAACAUAAUAUUAGUUUUAUCUUUUUUAAUUGAAUGGGUUCUCAUUCUGCAUUUGACCUCCCAUUACUUUUUAUUCUUUUGUUACGUUCUUCUUCGCGUUUCACGUGUAAUCGUUCACAACACCGCAUUGAUAAUUGUGUGUCGGCUACAAUGGUUCUUUAUCACAGCCGUAUGUAAAACUACCUAGUAUCGAAAAAGGGAGAAAAGUGAAAAAAGCGACGCAGAGAAGAGAGAGAGAGAGAGAGAGAGAGAGAGAGAGAGAGAGUAAAAUGGUGUGUAGCAUACCAAAUGACUUGCAUUCGACCUAUUGUUGUUGCAUUGUUGUAAAUGAUUUUAGACCAUAUUUAAUUUUUCAUCAUCAUUAUCGUUCUUAACUUUCGGUUCAUCGCCAUGUUUUUUUUUCUCUCUCCCGAGCAAUUUAUGGCCGUAAUGACUGCAAAUGAAAUAAUUUUAUCUAAUUAUAAGUGUUCAUUAAAAGGCAACAUGUAAUUCAAAUCGGUUUGUGGUUCUUCUCGUUUCUUCGUCGUUCUUGUUGUUGUCUUCAUUCGGUGGUAUCAUAACAUAACGUUCGAUGCGCAUUAAAUGCAAUGGCAACAAACAACACACAACGUCGCUUGAUAACAGACACACACAAACACAACAUUCAGCCCGCAUUUAUUGCAUUCGGAAAUUUUCAGAAACGGCAAUAAAUUAAAACGACUAAAUGCUCGUUUUCGUAAAUGAUAAAAAUAACAAACGACGACGACGACGACGACGAAAGUUGAAACGGAAGAUCAUCGUCAUUUGCUUGACAAAAACCAAUUUCACUUCCAUUGUUUGUACAUUGGCGGCGUGAAUGGACGGCAUGUGUUUAUUUUUUACUUUAAAAAAAAUAUAUUAAAGUACCGACCUCCAUUCAAAAAUAGACUAAAAAGCGGUGGCGUACAAAGGAAAAUGUUAUUAUAUGUGCAUACGAUGAAUACGAAUUAGAAAUGUGAAAAGUUCAUUGUGACUAUUUGUCAAAUGGAGAUAGAGGCAAACGAACCGAAGCCCGAUGCCACUAAAUGGCUGUGUGCCGCUGUCGCUGCCGCUGCUCAGUUCAAGUGACAGGAAUUAUGCUUUUUUCCAUGUCAUUUACAUACAAAUAGUUACCAUAUAUACAUUAUACAGUUGCUCGUAGUUGCUCAAACUAUCGAAUGUCGUCGUCAUCGUUCGUCGUUGCCGUAGUUGCCGUUGUCGUCUAUCAUUUUCGCACACACCAGCAAUUCCAACAAACUACUUUUGCACAAUUCGACGACGCACCAAAUGCUGACCAUAACUAAAUGCUCGUUCAAACAUAAAUUAUCUCCCAUUUACACACAAGUAAGCAGAUAAUUUUUCAUCAUAAUCACAUCCCGAACGGAAAGUACUGUGAAUUUGGUGUCGGUAGUGUUACAUACGAGAGAGAGAGAGAGAGAAAGAGUGUUGUGAGAGGAAGAAUGUAUGCAAGUUCUAACGAAUUAAGAGAUUGUUUGUGAUAUUUACUUCGCUUGGGUCAUUUUACCUAAACAAGUUUUACGCUUUAAAUGAUCGUUUAUUAAACGACGGAUAAUUGAAUGGGAUAUGAGCAAAAAAAACAACAACAUCCACCACCGCCGACACCUACACACAGAAACCGAGCUGUGAGCACGCGUCACACAUGGUACACCGAUGGUGUUUUUUGCCAUUUUGCCUGCGUUUGAAACUGUUGGUGUGCGGCCAACGGUCACAAGUGAACCAUAUCUUUUGGCAUUGCUUGCAGCUGCAAUUUUGUUCCUUUGCUCAGUAAUCAGUAUGAGCAGCCAACGCAUUUGGCACACUAAAAACAAAUCACUUUCCGCAGAUGCCGACACUCCAUUUCUCUCUCUACCUCUUUCCUACUCGCUCACCAUCAGAUAAUUGAUGCAUCAUAAUUCAGUAAUGCAACACGCCAAAAUGCCAAGCAACAAAUUAAAAAUGCACAUUCAUUUGAAUGAGAAUCAUGAUUGUCGGACAAAAUCAAAUGGAAAACCUAGUGCUCGCCCUAGCUGCUGCUGCUUGUGCACGCUUUCAUGGUAUAUUUGGUACUUCCGUAUUUUCAAAAUUGUUUUCUAUCUAUGUUUCUUCUCUAUUGUUCGGCUUUCUUUAUGUUCACACUUCCAUAUUCACAGCACACACACAGAGAGAGAGAGGGAGAGAGAGAGAGAAAUUCAACAGCGAUUGUCCAUUGUUGUUGAUUGCAUUGCAAUAAUCCAUUCGCCAGUAGAUUUCGGUUAAUUCAGCCAGACUUCGUUAUAAUCACCGCUUCUGUAUAACGUUGAAUUAUACCGAGAAACACGAUGAAUUCAUGGCUUACGAUUCAUUUUCACGUUGUUUCUGCUUCGUCUCACGAUUUUUUUUCGCUCUCUGCGGUCAUUUGAUUUUUAUGCUCAACGUCUAUUCUAUUCUAUUAUUACCUAGUAGAAACAGCAUUUUUUUUACAAUGCGCAAUAAUAAACGCAAAUGGCCGGCUUAAGUGAAUUGUAAUGCGUACGUCAGCCGAUUUUAACGGUAAAUUGUGGCGAGCACGCGUGUGGAUGUGAUUGACGCACGACAUACCGAUUAUUAAAAGACACAGGUAUUGCAUUGUUAUUAAAUUACUUACGAUUUAAUUUAAUCUCUAUUUGUACUUUCUACAAAUAAGCGUUUGAACUGCCUUCGUUCCACAAACAGGAAUUCAACACAACGUCGCAUUGAUUUGUUUUCUUCCUUGGUUCAGCCAUUCUCGGACUGUUUUUUUUUUUAUCGACACUUGUGCAUUCCACUUUGUUUGCUGAUCGAAUAUUAAAUCAUAUUUACGUUCCUAUUUCGGGAUCGGAUUACUCAUGUGCACUGUGAUGCACACGCCAGCAAGUCCGUUGACUUCGGGCGAAUGGGAGAGAGAGAGAGAGAGAGAGUGCUGAAUAUCAAUAAAAAUGUAUGCUGAUAAAAACGACAUAAUUCCAUCGGAAAAAUAUUUACUUUUUUCGGUGCAUUUGUGCUGAUAAAACCACUUCUAAUAGUGAACACACUCAUACGGGGAAAAGCAGCACACCAAGCGCGUCGAAUUACUUCAUCACUCGCCACACAAAACAUUGUUGUCAUCUAUAUUUGCGUCUAGGCGAACGGUUUGGUAUCGUUUUAUAGCUCGAUCUAAUAAACAAUUUUAUCGAUUCGACGAAUCCCCAAUCGUAAAUCGACGAAAAACUUCUACGUGUUUAUAUGCAAGCAAAAUGUCGUAAACACAAUUGCGCCCACAAAAAACCAGCACACAAUCACUUUUCAAACGAACAACUGACUCAUGCCAAAUACGAAACGGAGAGAGAGAGAGAGUUGGAUAUAAAAUUGGAUAUAAAAUUGAGCAUUUUCGAUUUUCGAUCUACGCGUAUUUUCCACAUUUUUAUUGUUCUCAAUAUCGAAACGUCUUAUCGAAAUGGUCAAACAUCCAAAAAUCUCUUGAAAAAUAUACCAGAAAAA